AUGGUCUUAGAGGAGAGUGUAGUGCAUGAUGUGAGGCUAUCAUCAGUCGGGCCCGGCCGGGCCACCGGGUCGGACGUUUUCCACAACCCAAGUGGGUUGGACUUGGCCAUGAAACUUCACUACCUCAGAGUGGUGUACUUCUUUGAUAGUGAGGCUGCAGAAGGCCUAACCAUCAUGAAAAUAAAGGAUGCCAUGUUCACUUGGUUCAACCCUUACUUCAUCACCUGUGGGAGGUUCCGGAGAUCAGAUUCUGGAAGACCCUUCAUCAAGUGCAAUGAUUGUGGAGCAAGAUUCAUUGAGGCCAAGUGCAGCAAAACCCUAGAUGAGUGCCUUGCCACCAAGAAUUCUUCCCUCUACAAGUCGCUUGUCUCUCACCAAGUCAUUGGUCCAGAACUAUCCUUUUCUCCUCCUGUUUUAUUGCAGGUAACUACAUUUAAGUGCGGUGGAAUUUCAUUGGGUCUUAGUUGGGCCCAUGUAUUGGGGGACCCACUUGCAGCUACAGAAUUCAUAAACUCAUGGGGCCAAGUAAUGAAUAAUUUGGGCCCGAAAAUGCUUUCCAACAUCCCAAGAUCCGUCCCAAAACCCAUACAAUCUGGACCCGAAAAGGAUCCAAUUUCAGCAAAACGAAUCGACCCGGUGGGUGAUCAUUGGAUCCCACCCAACAACAAGAAAAUGGACACAUUCUCCUUCCACCUAACAACCUCCCAAUUGAACUACUUGCAAGCACAAAUUUGGGGUCCAAGUCUUGACCAAACCCCCCCUUUUGAAUCCCUAUGUGCCAUGAUCUGGCGUUGUGUGGCUCAAUUUCGAGCAGGACCCGAACCUAAAACUGUUACCGUGUGCCGACUCGACCCGAGUAAGAAGGACAAUGACAUAAUUGGUAACAACCAAGUGAUAUCCAAAGUUGAGGUUGGAAGUGAAUGUUGUAUUAUUGACAUGGAUUUGAGUGUUUUGGCAAGCAUGCUUAGGGAUGAAGGUGUUGAUGAGAGGAAGCAAAUUGAGGAAGCAAUUGAGAGAGACGAAGGUGUGAGUGAUUUCUUUUUGUAUGGUGCCAAUUUGACAUUUGUAGACUUAGAAGAAACCAAUUUGUAUGACUUGGAAUUGAAGGGACACUCACCAACAUUUGUUUACUACACCAUUCAAGGGGUUGGAGAUGAAGGGGCUAUUUUGGUGUAUCCAUCGUCACAUGGUUCUAUCAAGAAUGGUGUUGAUGCGAAGUUUGUGACUAUGAUUUUGCCAGAAGAUGAAAUGGAGAAGAUUAAAUCUGAGCUCAAGUUGAAUGGUUUUCUGCUUGAGGAUAAUUAA